AUGGUUGAUUCUAACACCAUCAAGAACAAAUCAAAGCCGCAUCCAAUUGGUCAAGAGUACAAGACGAUAGCCGAUGCUCAGACAAAGAUUACGCUUCGCCUUGAUAUUAGCGAAAAAGAUGACAGCAAUAAGAAGUUUUCGGACCAUGGUAAAGUCCCUGGAUGCAUGUUACGUCUUUCAGAGCCUUGGUUUGCCUCUGGACGUACAAUUAUUGCCGAUUCUUAUUUUGGAUCCCCAGCUUCAGCUGCAACCUUGUAUCAGAGAGGAUUGUAUUCUAUUUUGGCAAUCAAGAAGCGACGAUAUUGGCCAAAGAAUGUCCCAAAAGACCUGCUUGACAACUUGCCUGAAUCAUCCGGAUCCCAUGUGUGCAAGGUAGGUGAGGUGGAUGAAGUUCGGAUGUUCACUGCUGCAUUGAGAGAUCGUCGACCUCAGUGCGUAGUUAGUACAUGCAGCACGACGUUGCCUGCUUCUUUUGUUACGCAUACUGUACAGGUCAAUGGUAGAAGCGAGCGUGUAAGGUCUCAGCGUGCUGCAGUGUUUGACGAAUAUGGCAACUCGUUUGGCGCUAUCGAUGCAAACAACAACGUCCGUGACAACAUGACCUCGUAUCACGAUGUCAUGCGCACUCACAAGUGGGAGCAUCGCUCAUUCGCUUUCUUUUGGGCACUUGCUGAAGCCAAUGCGUUUUUGGCAUGGAGAGCGUUUGGCCCUGAUGAGCUUCGCAACAUGGAUUAUUGCGACUUCCGUGAGCGUCUUGCUCAUGAAAUAUUGGUCGCAUACACCAAUACAGACAACGCCAAUGCUCAACUUGAUAAGACAUCGCCAUGCCUCGGACCUUUUGCAUCUGCAACAACAUGA